AUGGCGUUGCAUAACUACAUUUACUUGAAGCACAAGUCGCACGACCCGGAAUGUCACACUCUCAUAGCUCGGGACCACGACACCAGACCAAUUCCUCAACGUACGCUGACGUUAGAGGUCGAAAAUGGGAGCGACAGCUCGAAUUUGGUAGAGAAGAACAAGAAGAAAGACGGUUGUUGCGGCAAUUGCCAGGGGAAUUGCGGCGGUGAAGGAAAAGCCAAAAAACUUGCAGAAAUUUCGUGGUAG